CCACAGCUGAGCUAAUUUCGAAUCAAGUCUAAAAGUAAUUUCGUUCCAUAUUUAUGCACGUCGCAUUCUUCCGAUAAGCCGAUCAAUCCUUUAUUUUGGUAAUUCUGCGGUUAAUCGCUUUUUUUUUCACAUUAACCACUGUUUAUAAACGAUCUUUAUCCUUUUUGUUGAAUAUGGGUCGCUCUUGCAAGAGUAUUCGAAGAGAUUUGGCAGAUUGUUUAUUACAUUCAGACUGUAUGUUCAUUCACGGGAAAUCUGCUCAAGAAUGUAUGAAAAAUAAAGAGCAGCUCCCAGUAGAAUGCAGGAACUUGAUGACUUCGUUUGGUGAAUGUAAACGACAAAUGCUUGAUAUGACCAAACGAUACAGAAUUGCUCCAGAAAAAGAUGAAUCAUCAGAAACGUCAAAUCAACCCUCCCAGGAAGCCAAGUAAAACAUACGAGUACGAUAUGUCGACCAUGGUUCUCAAGUGGAUGGGACCUCAUUUUCUUUCUUUGGAAAUACUAGUUCAUUUGUAUACUCAAAGGAAUUGAUACACUCAAAUACACUUUGGAGCUUCAGACAUUUCUUUUAUUUUACUAGUACUCUUAUACCAAAGAUAUCUAAUUAAUAAAAAAAACAAAC